AUGGGGCGCUGGCAGGGACCAGGCAGAGCCGCAGCACCCAGUUCGGCGUCAGCAGCACUUGCGGCUGCUCUCCCGGCUCACGACGGAUUCCUCGCCGCCCGCCGCCGGGUGUUUUCAUACAAACCCCGGUGGCAGGCGAGGAGGAGGCGGCUGCAGCAGUGGCGGCGGCGGCGGCGGCGGCGGCGGCGGAACCUGCCCGCAUCCCGGGCAACGUCAGCGCGGCGCCCCGCCCACCGCACUGCUAGGCCAGCCGGCUCGCGCGCGCCGGGCAGGAGGGAGCGCGGGGCGCGCGUGCAAGAUGGGCGCGCGCCGGCGGGGAGGGCGGGUCACGCGCGGGCAGAAGCGGCGGGGGCCCGGGGAGCGCGCGUGGGGAAGCUGGGAGCGCGCGCAAAGGAGAGGGCGGGGCGAACGCGGUUGUUUGGAAGCCGGGAAAACGCGGUCGGGAUCCUGGAGCCCGGCUGUUCGCGGCGCUGGCUGUCGUCCACUGCAGCUGCCGCCCUACCCGACCAAAUGGGUCUCCCGGCGGCUGCCCGCGUCCUUCCCCAGGUUCAAGAUCUGGAUCUUGGAGAGAACACAGCAGUGACUCACAGAGAUGAUGGAGGUCUGUGUGGCACUGUGCUGGCCGAACUUACUGAAAACCUGUCCUUUGGAAAGUGCUGGAAAUCCAUCAUCUAGGGUGCUGGAUAAAGCUGUUUAUGGGAAGGUAGCUCACUGUGUGAAGGGGUGCCAACUGCUGGCUGCUGGGUGUCAUGUGUUGGAGAAGCCACCCAAUGGGACGUGAUGGUGGCCUUUGCCAUCUGUAGGUUAGGCACUCAGAAGGAGUGUUAGCCAAGUCGGGCUUCAUUAGCAGAAGUCCAUGGUACUGAGCCCACGUGUAGCCUCCAUCCCAGUCACGGCAGCCACUUUGCUCAGGGGUCCACUAGGGAAAGUGACUGACAUCUCAGAGCAUCAUUGUGUCCAUCCGAUGAUUAACCCUCAUUGCAGUAGAUGCGCUCAGGUGGGCUUUCAUGUGGAACACAAAUACCUUCACAGUUUGUGCCUAUUCAUGGAGGUCCUUCCACAUCACCUCCUCUCUAAACCUGCUUGUCACCAAUCUCUCAGUCCUAUUUCUUCCAAGUCUCCAAAUUCACCAGCCCAACAAUCGGCAACUGCCCCAAAACAGGAUAGAUCCAUACUUCGGUCCACCCCUCACUCUAGACACAGACAACCAAAUCUAUCAGUCAAAAUUCUGCCCGUGGGAAGGCUUUUCCUUUACCUUUGUCCUGCAGGGCGCCCCCUGCAUGGGCUGCAAUACUGCAGCUGUCUCAUUUUCGAAUGGUGCCAGCAUAUUGUACAUAUUGCCCAUCUGUAAACCAAGUUUGAUUUUUUGUUCUUCCUCAACUGGUCUUAUAUACAAGGUACCCAAAAUAUCUAAGUAUCAUCUGUAGUGCUUUUGGUCUUCCUCUUAUAGAUAGGAAUCUUCCAUUGCCAAAGAACUUGUGAUUCCUCCCUGAGAAAUUGCGACAACGAGGUUUAAUUCUAGGACACGGGUAAAAAUAUUUUUACAAUUUCUUUUUACGUUAAGAUUCAAAGUGACAUUGGGAGUUCCUGUUGUGGUACAGUGGGAACGAAUCUGACUAGUAUC